AUGGCUACUGGUGGAGGCGGCUCCGGCGGCGCCUUUUGGCGCGAUGACGAAAUCGUGGUGGACCGAGAUGGGAUACCACAUUACACUGGAGUCCAGCCCGGCCUCAUGAAGGAGUACAGGCGCCGAGUCCUCUUCGCCUACAACAACCUCGAAGGGAGUGGAGACGAUGAGGAAAAGGAGCGCCGCUCACUGGCCAAGAAGAAGGCGAGGUUCGGGCUCCGCCUGAUCCACGGACUGCACGGCCCUGCUUGGAAGGAGUGCGAAGAGCUGGUCCUAGCCCCGGACAAGCUGAAGGAGGCAGACGGCUACAAGCACAUCUUCGCAGCCCUUCAGGGCAUCGAGAAGGUUGGCGUUAUCAAACGCACGGAGGCGUUCGAGAACUACUUCGAUAACUGCCACCGACGUCGAGGCCAGACUGUGGACAGCUUCUUGCGACAAAGGAGGCAAGCCUGGGCAGAUCUCGAGGACGUUGCCGAGGGGGUCAAGAUGAGUGAUGACCUUCAAGCUUACUUCCUGCUCAGGCAUGUGAAUCUCAGCAAGGAAGACAGGAGGCAAAUUCUCCUGGCCAACCAGUCCAGCUAUAGCGUGGAGGGCAUCGAGCAUGCCCUCAGAGUGUCAUGCUAUGACAUCCACGAGAGGGAGCGCCAGAACUCCUCCAGCUGGACAAGUAGACGGCCCAAAGACAACGGCAAGACAGGAUACGCUCACGCCACGGAGGCCGACAGCGAGGAGACCAUGGACGACGGCUAUGCCAACAAGUCCCUGCACGAGGAGGCCCCGGACUCUCCCGAUUACACGGACGACGGCUACCACGAGGAGACGGAAGUGAACGACUCCUACGCGGACCUGGCCCAGGAGGAGAUGUGUGAGAACCCUUCGGACCAAGGUGCCAGCGAGGACGACGACAUCUACAAAGCAUAUUCGUCCUACCAGGAGAGCCGCAAGUCACGCUGUGCCGUCUGCAACCGGCUCGGCCACUGGGCAGGCGAUGCCUACUUCGUGGCCACCACCGAGACAGACCCCUGCUUCUUCAGCAUCAGUGACGACGAGGAGGCAGGCUACGCGGUCCACCCGGACGCCGGCGACACCAGCCAGGACGAGAUGGACCAGGACAGCGGCAAGUCCAAGCUGGACGAGAAGCGUAAGAGUCGGGCAUAUGCCCCUUCGACCAGUGAUUGGAAGGAGGCGCCGGCUCCGUUUGUGACUGACGGCGGCUAUCCCAGCUUUGGACCGCAAGGUGGUGAAGAGAGCAGCGGAGGCCAAGACAGCCAGCGUGUGUUCGUGCCAAUAAAGGUCAAGAAGGAAGACGUGAACGUCAUCCCCGUGAAAAACUUGGCCGGAGCCAGGCCAGUGAACUUGCCACAACUUCGGGUCCGAGAGCUGCAGUGUGAUUGCGACCGCUGGGGCAUACAGACCUCCGGGACGCGAGCCGAGAUCGUGGAGAGGCUUGAGCAGCUCUAUGCAGGCAAGGCCGUGGGCAAGAAGGGGUGCGCCAAGAAGUUUGUGCAGCUCAAGGCGGUUGGCGCUACAGCUUCGACUACCUCAGCGCCCAGGCCGGCCGCCGCGGCAAGUUCGUCCGGGAGUUCGAUUAUGGCACGGGCGCCCGACACCUUCCUUGCAGCCAGCCCGGCUAAGGCGACCAAGGAGGUGGUCAUCGACCCACGUUCCGGGAAGGCGCUGCCGAUGGACUGGGAGAUUGGCAAGGUUAAUUCGUUUGAGUACAGCUACGCCGGGAAAAAUUCGCCCGGUGGAGGGGGAGAGCCCGAGGAAGAGGAGCGCCACUUGCUUGGAGAUGAGGGCCGACUGACGGUCUGGAGGGUGCCAAUCUUCUUCGGCGGUGUGCCGGGUGAGGUGUACAGCGCCGAGAUCAGCACAGGGACCACCCCGCUGCUCUUAUCGAUACCGUGCGUGCAAGCCUUGGACAUGAUUAUCCUCAUGCGCCAGCGGGAAGUGAUAGUCCAAGAACUACACCUGACCAUUGGCAUGGUGACCACUCGCACCAAACACCUGGCAGUGGAAGUCGCUUUCAACCCCGACCUUGCUCGGAAGCAGCGGCGAGAGCGAGGCGCGCUUGCACCUCCUUUGUCAGCAGUCGGUGCCGACCCUGCCAACAACGGGGCCGAGACCAAGAGCAGCUCAACUGCCCGACUUGGGGCCCAGAGGCGUCUCCUUGAGGACAAGGUCGGCGAACUUACCCACAGACGAGUCCAAGAGCUACUUCGAGCAGAACGUGCCCAUUAUAGCCGAGACCUUCGUUCCCAAGCUGCCCUUCGGCGAGAGUACAGCAUGGCGGAGCAGUGGGCUUCCAAUGGCUUCCGCGGCACCUUUGUGUUCGAGCCUUUCGGCGGGGCCUUUGGCGUGACGAGGGCCGCUUCUGAGGAGUACUCCUGGACAUGCAGUCAGCCAACUGACUGGCUCGACGGGUACGACCUGCUCACGAAGGCUGGCCGGGAUAUGGUCAGGAAUGUGGUGCGGAAGCACCGCCCCUACCUCACCAUCAUCGCGUUCGACUGCCGCGUCUGGUCGAUCCUGGCGAACCUCAACCCAGACCAAGACUGGACAGCUUUGCGACGGACAGUCGGCAAGAGAAUGCUUCACUUUGUGUCGUGGUUGGCCAAGGAGGUUCACCAGUCCGGCCGCUACUACCUGAUAGAGAAUCCUGCUACCUCGGCUGCCUGGUCCUUUGAGGGAGUGUUGCCGCGGAUCGUUCAGCAAGCCGGUGGGUCCUUUGCAUGUGGAGAUCAGUGCCGCUAUGGCGCUAAGGACAGCAAGUCCGGGAGGCCCAUCCGGAAGAGAACGGGAUGGCUGUCCAACAACCCGGUCAUCCUCAACCAUGUCUGCAAGCAAUGCAAGUGCGCCCCUGGAGCACACCAGCCAGUCCUUGGAAGCAAUAAAGACGCCUUUCCGGUCGGCGACGGGGACGAGACCGCCAGCGACCUGGACGAGGACUUUGAAGAGCCCUUCGAGGACACCUGGAGCCUGGAGGAGGACAGAUUGGUGCGGGUGCACCGCGUGCCGCGGCAGAAGCUUUUCCUACCUUUGUCCACAACGGCGCCACCCAUUGAGGUGGCCAGACUGUCGAGGCGGAGGUUGACCACGAUGAGGCUAGCAGAUGGCACGGUCAGGUCACAAGAGGACGACGAUUGGUGGUCGCAAGCGCGGCCGGUGGUGAUGGAUGGCAGCUGGACGGGACAGACCACCUUUUGGGUCGAGCGCCCGGAGCAUGCAACAGGAGAAACCGAAGCUCAACAACAACCACAACCACGAGACCAUCGGGCACCGCUUCGGGUGAAGACCGAGGUUAAGGAAGAAGAAGCAGAGGACGGCGACGACUGGAGAGAUCGAGUGCAUGACUCGGCAGUGCCGUUCGAUGAAGCUAUGGAUCGGGACGACCUUAGCGGAUAUGAGCCGUCAGAGGCUCCCAUGGCCCGGGGCGCAGCGUCACCGGAGCAUGCAGCAGGAGAAGAAGCUCAACAGCAACCACAACCACGAGACCAUCGGGCUUUGAGACGUAGACAACGUACACGACAGCUACAGAGGGGUUUCUGGACCGAGCUUGGAGAUGAAGAGGCCAUACAGCUUCUGGAGUCCACCUUGGAGUAUGUCCGACAAGAAGGCGACGCAAGCUGGACCAAAGUCAACUUAGACAGCGACUUGGUGCCGCAUGGAGGCGAUGCUCUGUCGACUGAUUGGGAAGCUUGGUACAACAUGAGUCCAGCAUCUCAGGUCCGACCUUUGGUGGCACGAGACCGGCAGCUUUAUGUCGCGAUCUUCGGCAAGGAGGUUGGCGAUGGCGAGGGCGACCCCGGCGAUGGAGAUGGCGAAGAUGCAUGGAAACAACGUGAGGAUGCCAGAGAGAGGCAGUGGCAAGCCUUGCCGAGAGAGCUGAAACUGGCCAUCAAACGAGUACACGUCAAUCUUGGACAUGCAGCUACACCAGCUAUGCUUCGAGCCCUCCGCAUAGCCCGAGCAUCGGAUGUCGCAAUCAAAGCUUGUCGACUUUUCCGUUGUCCAGAUUGCCCACGCCUGAAGGAGCCUCGAAUACCAAGGCCAUCAAAGUUGCCCAUUGCCGACGUGUUCAAUGUGCUCAUCGGCGUGGACGUGUUCGAGGAGAAAGAUGCCCAAGGUCAGUCAUGGACUUUUCUGAACGUGCUGGACCAAGGCACACUGUACCAGGUGGUCAGCGUCUUGGCGGACACCUUUGCCAAUCUGACUGGUGCCGUGGUGCUUGAAGCUUUGACAACCAGCUGGUUUUCCUGGGCUGGGUACCCGGUGGCCGAGGACCUGGCGAGCCAGGGCUGCUUCAUGGAGGCAGCAGCGCGAGCAGCACCGUGGCAAUUAGGGGCCAUAGAAAGGCACGGGGCCACAUGGAAGGCGGCCUUUCGUAGAAUGGUCUGGUCGCAGCAAGUCAUCGGAAGAGAUGAGGUGAUCAUGGCGGCCGCUGCCACCAAUGCUGCAAAGAAUGCCUUGGCCAGGAAGAGUGGAUUUUCACCAGCGCAAUGGGUGUUAGGGAAGCAGAUCCGCUUGCCCGCUGACUUGACGGACGAGAAUGAGGUCGGGAGAAUUGGUGCCAUGGCAAUGGCCGAGACGGCUGGCACAAGAUUCCAUCGACGCAGCCAACUUCGCUUUGCAGCUCGGGAAGCCUAUGUCCAAGCCUCCAAUGACUCGGCGCUCCGCCGAGCAGAACUUCGACAGGUUCGACCGACACGGGGGCCAUUCCCGGUUGGCUGCUUUGUCUUCUACUACGACCAGACAGCGAAGGCUCCGGGGCCCAAUUGCUGGAGAGGCCUGGCCAGAGUGGUCGGCAAGGUCGCCGAGUGGUUGGUCGUGAACAAUGAGGUUGCACUGCUGGACAUGGCACCCAAAGAGGGAGCCAAGGAGGGUGAGCUUGAAAGGCUAGAGGAGCCAGCUGAAGCAAGAGGGCGACAGGCGCCAGAGGAAGAUUCAGCAGGGGGCCCUUUCCAAGGAGAUAUGAGCUCUUCGUCCUUGUCUGCGCAGAGGAUGCGAUAUGAAUCGGAAAGAGAUGCAAGUCGAGCCAGUCGGAAGGCGCAGCGGACAAGUGGGCCCCCAGCCAACAGGCCUGCAGCCUCAGACAUUCCAGUUGAUCCCGACGGGCUCCCCAACAUGGACCUGGACGAGCCGGAGUGGGACCCUGAGAUCCAUGACUACCAUCAAAGUCAGCCCAGACGGCAGCUUUCUCCUAUGGCCGAGAGUCCCGAGGAGGAGGCACAAGAGCGAGAGGCAAAGCGGCUCAGGUCGAGUGCCAACUAUGUUCGGGAGACAUGCGACGCCUACUCGGCGGCCACCCAGCCGGACUACUUGAACAACAAGGCCAAGGAGCACUACUACAAGCACGAGGCCGCGUACUUGAGCAAGGGCGUCGAGAUGUCCGACUUCAUGUUCGGCGUUCGCCGGAACCACUUCCAGGACCGCGACGAGGCUCUGGCCGCCAGCGACGGCAAAGGUGGAAAGAAGAAGGGCCGCAAGGAGUUGAACCUGAAGGAGCUUAGCUCUGAGCAGCAGCUACUCUUUACAGGGCAAGGCGGCAGUGAUGCCAAAGAGUGGUCCGCUUGGCUCUCGAAGGAGGCGUGCGAGGUCCUGGACAUGAAGGAGAGCGAGGACAUAAGACGCAACAAGGCCGAUCUGAUUGUCCCAACCAGGUGGGUUGGCACCAACAAGAACGAUGGCUUGGUGGACAAAGACUUCCUGGCGAAGAGCCGGCUGGUGGUACAAGGUUUCAAAGACCGGUUUACCUCGAACCACCGAGAGGAGGCUUCCUGGAGUUCGUUGCUUGGAAUUCUCGUCACCCAUGUUGACGAUUUGGAGGGCGGCCUUCACCAUACCGUGCUGGACUCAGCCUUCAGCAAAACACAGGAGUUCUCGACGAACCAUUUCAAGUCCUUCAUCUUCCGUGGGAGAGAGAUACAGCAGACGGCCCAGAACCACGUGGACGUCAGCAUGCGCAACUAUGCCCUCAGCCUCAAGCCGGUGAAGAUUGACACUGAGCGAAGGAAGCAUCUUCGGGCACCACUGACAGCCGAGGAGAAGGAGGUCUUCCAAUCCAGCGCUGGCGAGCUAGGCUGGCUAGCUAGGCAACUUCGGUGUGACCUUGCUUACAAGAACGGGGUGGUGCAACGAAGCAAGAGCGAGACGUGCGUCGCCGACUUCCUCCUUCUCAAACAGUUCGUGGGUCAAGCCAAACGAGGUGCCGAUUUUCGGCAACGAUAUUGGUCUGAUGUGAAUUUGCGGGAGGCCGUGGUCCUGCAUUUUGCCGAUUCCGGCCACGCUAAUGGCACGCCGGACCACAAGGAGGAGCUCCGUUACCGCAGCGUUGGGGGCUACUUUAUCCUGAUAGCCAACAAGGAGAUCUUGGAUGGGAAGCCGGCAAGAGCCAACGUGCUGGCCUACCAUAGCACCUUGACUAAGCGAGUGUGCAGAUCUACUCUGGCGGCGGAGGCUUCGCACCUGGCGGAAGCGGUCGAGGCCGGGGACUGGAUCAUUGUCCUGCUGGAGGAGGCCUUGACUGGAGACAUAGACCUUCGCAAUUGGCCAGAAGUCAUCCGAAGGCAGCGCCGGGCUUACGUCACAGACGCCAGGUCGGUGUACGAUUAUCUUCAGAAAGAUUCUACAUCGACGAGCAGCGACAAGCGCAUGGCCAUAGAGCGCGCGCUCCUGCGUGAGACAGUCCGACAGGAAGGAGCCGAAGUUCUCUGGGUGGACGGUGCCCAGAACAUCGCCAAUGUCCUCACCAAGCACGGGGCUGAGAAGGAUACACUUCGUGAUUUCCUUCGAUCUGGGAUGAUGUCAUUUUGCCAGACGCCCGAGAAUGCGGCGAUCAAGGAGAGAAAGAGAGAGGAAAGGGCCAAGCGAAAGGAGGCCAAGCAGCUGAACCAGGAGUUCAAGGACCGGGUCAUCCGGGAGCGGCUAGAUGUGGCGGAGGAGCGCGCCAAGGAGAUUCCCCUGGGCGCAGACAACGACGGCGAGGAUGGCUGA